CAUAUCCCUUCACUGUUUUCUUCAGCAUCCAGGCACGUUGGAGCAGCUCACUGAUAAAAUUCAAGGAUUUACUGGGAAUAUCCCUGCUAUUUUACUGGAGAUGCACUGCUGAUGCGUACAGAGACGAAACUGGGAACUGCGUCUUGCCAUCAGGACACAGAGCUUGAAAGUGUCAGUCUCUCCAUUAGGAUGAAAAGGCACAGGGCGCACAGUGAGUGAGAGCUGCUCAUACACCAGGGAUUCUUGUGAGCAUCAUUUCUGUCAAGUAGAUCCUUUUAAUUCAUUCUUAGCUGAAGGCUGCUGAUGAAGACGUUGGCUGAUCACUGGCACAGUAACAUCCAUGUACACAAUUCUGAAUGUAACGCAUCAUUCAGAUCUGAACUAUUUGUGUUUACAUUUAUUGAGCUAUAAACGGAAGGAUCAGCUGCAAGUAAAUAUUCCUCACUGCGUGAUGAAUUGGAUGAGAACAAUCUGGAUGUAAGCAGAGCAGUCAUUUCAUGUUGUCUGUGCUCCCACCAACCUGUGUUACAAUGCCAGAAAGACUUGGGGAAAUGUUCAUGGAUGUUUGGACUCCAUUAAUCAUAUUAUGGAUUGCUGUUCUUCCUCAUGUUUAUAUGGCUCCAAAGAAUGAAUCUCACACACUUUCGACGAAUGGCACAAUGGAACUUAAUGGAGUCAGCGAAGAGCAAAAAUUAUUAAAUCGUUCCAAAAGAGGCUGGGUGUGGAAUCAAAUGUUCGUGCUGGAAGAGUUUUCUGGACCUGAACCAAUACUUGUUGGAAGGCUUCACACAGACUUGGAUCCUGGGAACACUAAAAUCAAGUACAUUCUUUCAGGAGAGGGAGCUGGGACAAUCUUUGUGAUCAAUGACAAGACUGGAGAUAUUCACGCAAUGAAAAGACUUGAUCGAGAGGAAAAGGCUGAAUACACACUAACAGCUCAAGCUGUCGAUAGGGAUACAAACAAACCUCUGGAGCCUCCUUCAGAAUUCAUUAUCAAAGUUCAGGACAUCAAUGACAAUGCACCAGAGUUUCUUAAUGGACCAUAUCACGCCACUGUUCCAGAGAUGUCCAUUGUGGGUACCUAUGUCACAAAGCUUACAGCAACAGAUGCAGAUGAUCCUGUUUAUGGAAACAGUGCCAAGUUGGUAUACAGCAUUUUGGAAGGCCAGCCUUAUUUUUCUAUUGAGCCUCACACAGCCAUUAUUAAGACUGCACUUUCUAAUAUGGAUAGAGAAGCCAGAGAAGAAUAUCUUGUGGUCAUUCAAGCUAAGGACAUGGGUGGACACAUGGGCGGGCUGUCUGGAACUACAACAGUCACGGUUACAUUAACUGAUGUCAAUGACAAUCCUCCCAAAUUUGCAAUGAGCCAGUAUCAGUUUGUAGUGCCAGAAGAUGUUGGCAUUGGUGACACGGUUGGUCGGGUCAAAGCAAAUGACAGAGACACGGGAGACAAUGCUAAAUCAUCUUUUGACAUAAUUGAUGGUGAUGGUAAAGAUGUGUUUGAAAUGACUACUGACCCCCAAACUCAAGAUGGAUUGAUUCGACUACGCAAGCCUCUGGACUUCGAGAGCAAAAAAUCCUAUAUUCUGAAAGUAGAAGCAGCCAAUGUUAAUAUUGAUCCCCGUUUCAUCAGCGGGGUACCAUUCAAGGAUACAGCAACAGUAAAAAUUACAGUGGAAGAUGCUGAUGAGCCACCUGUGUUUUCCUCACCGACAUACCUCUUGGAAGUACAUGAGAACGCUGUUAUUAAUGGAGUAAUUGGUCAGGUGUCUGCACGGGAUCCUGAUUCAUCUGCUAGCCCAAUAAGGUUUUCUAUUGAUAGACAUACAGAUCUUGAUCACCAAUUCAACAUCAAUGCAGAUGAUGGAAAAAUAACUUUGGCAAUGGAACUUGAUAGAGAAACUAAUAUGUGGCACAAUAUCACAGUUGUAGCAACUGAAACAAGAAACCACAGUCAGAUAUCUAGAGUGCCUGUUGCUAUCAAGGUUCUUGAUGUUAAUGACAAUGCGCCUGAAUUUGCAACAGACUAUGAAGCUUUUCUUUGUGAAAAUGGGAAACCAGGGCAGAUCAUUCAGACUGUUAGUGCCAUUGAUAAAGAUGAUCCAAGGAAUGGGCACUUUUUCAUUUAUAGUCUUCUACCAGACAUGGCUAACAAUCCAAACUUUACAAUCAAGAAUAAUCAAGAUAAUUCUCUAAGUGUACUGGCCAGGCAUAAUGGAUUUAAUCGACUGAAACAAGAAGUAUAUUUCUUACCAAUUAUAAUAAGCGACAAUGGCAAUCCUCCCUUGAGUAGUACCAGCACUCUCACCAUACGGGUCUGUGGUUGCAGUAAUGAUGGUGUUGUCCAGUCAUGCAACGCUGAAGCUUAUGUUCUACCCAUUGGACUCAGUAUGGGUGCUUUGAUAGCCAUUUUGGCAUGCAUUGUUCUUUUACUUGUUAUCGUGGUACUUUUUGUGACUCUUAGAAGACAUAAAAAUGAGCCUCUUAUUAUUAAGGAUGAUGAAGAUGUUCGGGAGAAUAUAAUUCGUUAUGACGAUGAAGGUGGUGGAGAGGAAGAUACCGAAGCCUUUGACAUCGCUACUUUACAAAAUCCUGAUGGGAUAAAUGGAUACUUACCUCGUAAGGAUAUUAAACCUGAUUUUCAGUUUAUGCCAAGACAAGGUCAUACAUCUACUCCCAAUGGUGUUGACGUGGAUGAAUUUAUUAAUGUGAGGCUCCAUGAGGCUGAUAAUGAUCCCACAGCUCCUCCUUAUGACUCCAUUCAGAUUUAUGGAUAUGAAGGAAGAGGAUCAGUGGCAGGUUCACUUAGCUCUUUGGAGUCUUCAGCAUCAGACUCAGAUCAAAAUUUUGACUACCUUACUGAUUGGGGUCCUCGUUUUAAGAGACUUGGAGAACUAUACUCAGUUGGAGAAAGUGACAAAGAAACUUGACAAUAAACCAACUUUUUGCAGCCCAGACAGACUCAUAAAUGCUGUAAUAUUUUAGGGUCAUUGUUAUUUAUGACAAAUGUGGCCAACUUGUUUUAGAGACAAAUUAGCACCAGUCAUCUAAAAGAAAUCAAAUACAUUGUAACGUUGAACCAAAAAAUGUGUACGUUAGGGGGUCAGUCUUGUGGAGUAUAAAGUACAGUUUGUGAAGUAUCUAGAAGUCUUUGGAUGUUCAGUAUUCACACGGACCAACAUGGAGUCUGGAGAUUUGACAUCUGGGAUGCCUUGGAAAAAAACAAUGAAUAAAAGAACAUAAGUUGGAAUGUACUGUAAAGCUAGAGGAUGUAAGGAUUGUACUUUGUCAUAAUGUCUUCUACUAAUGUAGUCUAUUGCAAGAUUUUUCACAAAAAAAUGUAAAAAAAAAAAAAAAAGGAAUCAACCACUUAUUACUAAAGCAAUAUCUGGUCUUCUGAUGAAUUUUUGAUAUUAUAAUUCCCAACUAGCUUCCACUGUGCAAUGACAUGACAUUGUGCAUACUUGGUGGCCAUCAAACCACCAACUACAUAUCAUUGUUGAGCCUUAAAAAAAAUUCACAUUUGAUCUUCAUUAAAGAAACCGGAAUUCCUGAUCAAGAGAACUGGACACACAAGAAGAGGUAACAUGCUAAUCCUGAUGUCCAUCUGCAGAGAAAUGCAAAAAUAGACAAAAAGAAUAUAAUAUACAGAAACACAAAUGUUCCCUCUAUUGUUAAAAUUAUUUAUUUGUUAUCUUAGAAAAUCAUGAUUUGUUACUUUAUUAAGGCAUUUAAAACACUAUGGGCCUCUUUUACUAACAGUGAGAGCAGGGCUAAGCAUAACUAGGUUAAAAUUAACUUCCAUAAAUUAAGGGGGCAAUUGCACCAUGCCGUUGUACUGUUUAGCUACAGUUUUGUAGCAUCUAGUUAUCUUGUACCAUUGCAUUAACUAUAACUGGGGUACAAGAUAAAGUGCUCCAUGCCAUAGGCAAAAGGAAAUGCUGUUUGACCAGGUAACAAAUAUAGCAGUCUUUAAAGAGUACAAGCAAAUAACUGCCUUUAAAGCUCACACACAGAUUGACUAAUUGCUUGAGCCCAAGUAAAGAUUUGUAAGAAGUGCAAUGAUGCUGGAACUCUGUAAAAAAUGCUGAAUUGUGGUUUAAAAAAAAAAGACCAAUUGCACAAAUAUUUGCACUUUGCACCCGGCUCAUUUUAGUAAACAAGGCCCAACAUGUUUAAUCACUGUAUAUAAAAUCUGUUAGUUUACAAAAUUUGUUUUCAUGUAUAUCUAUGUUAAAUGUUAAAAAGCAUACAUUUAAAAAUUCAUCGGGAAAAUAUUACUCUCAUCAUUUAAAAAUGAGCAUUGUGUCUUUGAGUAGUUGCUUUUAAAAAAGGCUGGUAAAACAGAUUUUUUUUUUUCCAGAGAGAAUAUGUCAGUUUUAUAUUUCAUUAUGAACUACAGUAUGAUAUAUGGUGUUUUUUUAUUACAAGCACAAACAUAUGGGAGUAAACAGGUUCAUGUGAAUAUUUAAAAUUUAGAAUUUUAGAGUUUUACACAGUACACUGUACAGUGACAGAAUCAUGCUUGUAGUUAUCCAGUGUUUUAGAGCGAAAAUCAGUGUGUAUAUCAUUUAAGUGAUUAUGUUAACAUUUCCUUUCGAUGAUAUGGAUAGUUAUGCACAGAAACACUUGCACACAACAGUGGCGGCGGCACUAGUGGCUGUAAUCAUAUUCAAUUUACAAGUAGAAAUUGUAUGAUAAAUAUACGUAUACAUGCAGAUCAUUUUAAUUUUCUACUUUACUCUGAAGCUAUAUUAUCAUUUGUUUAUUUACUCCAUGUAUUGUAUUCAGAGGAACUCCUGUACUGUUUAAUACUUGGUGAAAUAUAUUUUUAUAAAUAGUU